AUGCCUGUUGAAGUAAAUGGUAGUAGAGUUGACAUUAUGGUAGAUAGUGGGGCCACAAUUUCCACUGUUAAAGCUGAUGAGCAUGUAUGUACACCAACACCUAAUUUUGUCACCACCGUGGGUGUUUCCGGCGUUCCUGUUGUUGAGCCACUAUCACAGAGAGCUAAAAUAACUGUUGAAGGUUCAGAUGUGCAACAUUCUUUCCUGAUUUCUGAGAAAAGUCCAAUUAAUCUCAUGGGACGAGAUUUACUUUGCAAGCUACAUGCCACCAUUCAAUGCACACCUGAUGGAUUGUUUUUAAGCCUACCUGAUGUGAAGGCUGCUCAUGCAUUUCAGUUUUUGAAAACUAUUGCUGAUUGUUUGUAUUGUUGGUCAUUGACUGAUUUUAACAUGGCUUCCAGUUUCACAGUAUCUAGCAUUCAAAAAAUUGCUCAAAUUUCACCAGCAUGUGCAACACAGAUGUCUGCCAUGAGGCCUGUACUACAGUGUCACUGUACAGCAGCAUUUAACCCCCCAGAGGUGUACAAACAAUUAGCUGAUGUGUUUUUGAAUACACAAGAGGGGUUGGAGUGUGAACAAUGUUUGUUUGUUGGUCCACAGGGAUGUGCAAUUCCAAUUCGGUUAUCUGACGCACAGCGCAAAUUGGUUAAUGAUAAAGAUUCAUUUCCAUACAUCACUGUAGCUGUCUCUCCUGGCUGUGACCCACAACAGCUUGAAAGCAUGGUGGCACAGUGCCAGGCAUUGAGAGGAGCUGCGCAGACUCCUCAAACUCAAACAAUAACACACUUGGGCCUUGAGCUGUACAUGUUAUCUUUAACUGAGCACAUCCAGCUACCUCAGAGUAGGUUUGUUUUGCAACAACCACCCCUCCCCACACAGUAUGGGCCUCCAUCAGAGCUUUCAGAGGUUCCAUCUAUUUUAUGGGCUAAACAUAAAAACCAUGUGGGUUUUGUGAAUUCGGCUCCACCUCACGAAGUCACACUCAAACCUGGUGCUAAACUACCAAUGGUCAGGCAAUACAAUUUGCCACACAAGUCAAUUGCUGGUAUUGAAGGUGUAAUUCAGUCUUUACUGGAUCAAGGUGUGUUGGUUCAAACAACAAGCCCAUGUAACACACCCAUUUUACCCAUUCCAAAAGCAAACCGCCCAGAUGAAUGGCGUUUUGUACAAGAUUUGCAAGCUAUUAAUAGCAUUGUAGUGCCAACAGCUCCAAUUGUGCCAGACACAAAUUCGAUUUUAGCUUCACUACCAUCCAACUCAACACACUACACAGUCAUUGAUUUGAGUUCAGCUUUUUUCUCAAUCCCGUUGCAUCCAGAUAGCCAGUAUCUGUUUGCAUUCACAUUCAAAGGAAAACAGUACACCUGGCAGCGUUUGCCUCAGGGUUUUGUCGAGAGUCCUACAGUUUACGCAGCAGCAGUGAAACGGGACUUGGAUGACCUCCACUUUCCAGGGGGCUCCACUCUCCUACAGUAUGCAGAUGACCUCCUGAUAGCUUCACCAUCACAGGAAGCUUGUCGAACGGACUCCAUCUUGCUCCUACAGAGACUAGCUGAGUGUGGUCAUAGAGCAUCACUUGCCAAACUGCAAUUUUGUCGGUCUGAGGUGACAUACUUGGGUCAUGUUUUGAAAAAUGGACAGCGCCUGUUGUCACCGGAGAGGUUGAAACUGCUGGUUAACAUGCCUCCUCCCACAACCAAGAAACAAAUGCUCUCGUUCUUGGGGAUGGCGAAUUAUUGCAGACAUUGGAUCUUUGAGUAUGCUGCUAUGGACUCUGUUUUGCGAAACGCCACACUGCAAUCAGCUCCUCCCAAGGUGCAGUGGACUGAGGACAUGAACAAAGCUUUUCAGGACCUGAAACAUGCUCUCACCUUGGCUCCGGCAUUGGGGCUGCCGGACUAUCAUCAGCCGUUCCAUCUGCAUGUACAUGAACGAGAUGGCUUUGCUACAGGCAUUCUCGUGCAAAAACAUGGGUCUCAUUACCGUCCAGUUGCGUACUACUCCUCUCGACUAACCCCUGUGGUUCUUGGCAUGCCAGGUUGCUUAAGAGCGGUGGCCGCCGUUGCCAUCAUGAUUGAGAAAUCUUCUCCAAUUGUACUGGCUCAUGACUGUGUUGUGCACGUUCCACAUGCAGUACUUCACAUCUUGAACACAUCUGCUACCCAACACAUGACAGCUGCACGUCGUUCAGGCUAUGAAGCAAUCAUUCUUCAUAGUCCACACAUCACUUUAAAACGCUCACCUCCAUUGAAUCCAGCUACUCUCCUUCCAUUGAUUGACACAGAUGAUGAGCAUGAUUGCAUCACAACUAUUGACCUGUGUACAUCCCCAAGGCCAGACUUGUUGCAGACACCAAUACCCAAUUCUGAUUUGAUUUUUUACACUGAUGGUUCAGCUAGCAGACCAUCUGAUAGCACACAUCUAGCUGGCUAUGCAGUAGUUAACGAUUGGGGGGUAGUAGAGGCAAAAGCACUGCCUCCAGGUACCUCUGCUCAAGCAGCAGAACUGUAUGCUCUAACUAGAGCGUGUAUUCUUGCUUCUGGUAAGGUGGCUACUAUUUACACUGACUCAAGAUAUGCAUUUGGCGCUGCUCAUGAUUUUGGCCAGUUAUGGAAGAUGAGAGGUUUUGUGUCAUCUUCUGGAAAACCACUACAGCAUCACACUUUGGUUAAUGACCUGUUAGAUGCUAUUUUGCGCCCAUCUCAGCUUGCAAUCAUCAAAUGUGCUGCUCACACGAAUGGAACUGAUCCUGUUUCACGAGGAAAUGCAAUGGCUGACACUGCAGCCAAACAAGCGGCACUUUCCUCUCCCUCUUUGGUACUUCAAUGUGCCUCCACACAACCUACCAAUCCAAUUCCAGUUCCUUCCGCUAAUGAUGUCGUGACAAUGCAAAAUCACGCUGAUGACAGGGAGCGAAGUCUUUGGUUGCGUAAAGGUUGUAAAGUUGACGCGGAGUCUGGCUUGUGGCUCCACCCUGAUGGUCGACCGGUUUGCCCUCGAGCUCUCCUUCAUGUACUGGCACGUGUGACGCAUGGUCCAGCGCAUGUUGGAAGAGGGGUGAUGAAUGAUGUUAUUCGCUCACAGUGGUUUGCUCCAGGCAUUACUCAAGUUUCACAAACACUUGUGGAUAGUUGUAUGAUAUGUCAACAGACCAGAAAAAAGAAUAGCACAGUGAAACAUGACCACUUAGAACCCCCAUCAGGUCCUUUUGUAAAUAUGCAAAUAGAUUUUGUACAUAUGCCAAGCUCACAAGGCUUCAAAUACUUGCUAGUCAUAACCGACAGGUUCUCGAAGUGGGUAGAAGCUUUUGCAACGAAAAAAGAAGAUGCAAGAACAGUUGUAAAGUGUCUGCUAAAAGAGGUAAUCCCUAGGUACGGAGUGCCGCAGGGAAUAGAUAGCGACAGAGGUCCAGCUUUUGUGUCAAAAAUCACUCAGGGACUGUCAGAAAUCUUAGGAUUUAAGUGGCAGUUACAUGUUCCUUAUCAUCCACAGAGUUCAGGUCAAGUUGAGAGAAUGAAUGCAACUAUCAAAGACAGAUUGACCAAAACAGUCCUAGCCACAGGCCUGAAAUGGCCUGAUGCACUGCCGAUUGUGCUGUACUCCAUUCGGAGUGCACCAAGUGCAACUACAGGACUGAGUCCUCACGAGGUGCUGAUGGGAAGACCAAUGUCCACAGGGACAAGUCCCCCACUGACACCACACAAAGCUACUCUGCUUUGGACGGAUGAGUUCAUGACUGAGUAUGUGAAAAGACUAACAGAGAUUUUGAGAAAGUAUCAUUUACAGGUGGCUGACAGACUCCCCAAACCAUCGGAAGAACCAAUUCAUUCCUUUCGAGAAGGUGACCUGGUAUUAAUCAAAUCUCUGGAAAAAGUGUCUUUGUCUCCUAGGUGGAAAGGUCCAUACCAGGUGCUGCAAAUGUAUGGGAAGUGGAGUUUUUUAGCAGUGGUGGCCACGGCAUCGGUACUGAUAGUUGCAGGCGUCAAUUUGUGGGAAAAACACCAGGACUCCGCGACCGAAAAAGAGAAAAGAAAUGUUAAAUCAGACUAUUGCUUGAAGCGUUAUGGAGGCAUAGAGCUGGAUUAUGUCGAAGGUGAAUCCACCACGUAUCAGUUUGAUCUGUGCGACGUUAUGGCAUGCAAAGGUAAGGACACUUCAUGGAGGGGAUAUGACGUGUAUGUUUGUGCCACGCCAGUAGUACAGGCGGAUUGCGCGGCGCAGAGACCACCAUGCGGAUGGACAGGGUGCAUGAGUUUUUGCUCGAACUGGGGCCAGGUGGUAGGGUAUUCAGGGCGCUGGGAUCCACAGUACACGUAUGGGCCUAAAGAUAAAGCAAAGUUGAUUAGCCUAACCAGGGGUCAACUGAAUAACGACGGCAAAGGCGCUAACCCCUUAUUACUCACGAUACAACAGCUCACAGGAGGAUUCUUUGCAGAUGGUCACUCUAGCUCGCGGGUGUUGUACCUGAUGUUAGGAGUGGAGGUGGCAGGCAGCGACCCACAGACACCCAUAAAGGUCAAUUUCUUGCAACCCACAACUAACCUACCUCACGUAGCUGUCACCCCCACUCCAGGGACUAUCUUACCUUUCCCCGCCGAGAAAAUCAAAGAUCAGGCAGUAGUGCAGACCGACUACCAAAGACUAUCGCCCCUAGACGUUAUUCAAAUGGCAACGGGAUACACCGACGAAAAUUUAUGGUUAAAAUGGGUAAUUCAAAACACCAAAGAACAGAUGAAUAGCGAUUGCGUAUCUUGCGCAGCUGCUCGACCUCACCUGGUGACCGCCCCAGCACCACUUCACCCGGAAGACACCUAGGGGUACGAGUGCAUGGUAGGACUUACUCGAGCAGCUACGCCACCGAAUUGUUCCACCCUCACGAGCAUAUAUCCGCCCAUACAUAAUCAGACUCAAACA